AGCCUGUGAUCAGCCCAGCCCGCCCAAGCCCAGUCCAGUCCAGCACCAUGAAGACGUUCUUUGCCAUCGCCGUCGUUGCCCUGAUCGCUGGCUCCCUGGCCCUGACGAUCGAUCAGAAGAAGAAAGCCGAGGGAUACGCAGCAGAGUGCGUCAAGUCGACAGGUGUCCCACCGGAGACGGCGGCCAAGCUGAAGAGCGGAGACUUUGCCGGGGCGGACGACAAGACCAAGUGCUUCGCGAAGUGCUUCCUCGAGAAGGCCGGUUUCAUGACGGACAAGGGCGAGAUCGACGAGAAGACGGUGGUCGAGAAGCUGUCGGUCGAUCACGACAAGGCCAAGGUCGAGGGGCUGAUGAAGAAGUGCAACCACAAGGAGGCGAACCCUUGCGAGACGGCUUUCAAGGCUUACCAGUGCAUCUACGCGGCCAAGGGAGCGGCCAUCUAAAUCCUGUGAUCCAUUCAGACCAAACCCGCCCAGUUUAUUUAUUGAACAAAACCUGCGAUACAAAUUUGUGAUAA